AUGGGACAUAAUCAACCAAUGCAGUCCAGUUCAAAUGAACAAUUUGUGCGAAUACCUGUCGAAACCGAACCUCAACAAAAUAGUGACUCUAACCAAAGACGCAACAAGUGGCUUACCAUCAUCAUCUGCAUCAUCUUGGCCGUAACAGGUCAAUCCGUUGUCAGACUCCUUGAGAACUACUACUUCCUCCACAGAACCCGGAAGUACCGUUACGGUCCAUGGACUCUAUCCCUCCUCCAGUUUGUCGGAUUCCCCAUCCUCCUCAUCCCUUUUGUCCUCCUCCAUCUUCCUUGUAAUAAAAAGAAACAACUUAUCAUGACCUCGGAAGGAAUCUCCCCCUUUCAACUAGCGAUAUUUUAUCCUGUUCUCGCCUUCUUCAUGUUCUUCCAAGCAAUGUUAUCCAACCUUAAAAACGCUAUGCCCUUUAGAGAUUUCACUCUCACCUACACAACACAACUCUUAUUCACUCCGUACAUAUCCUCCUACAUCAACAAAACAAAAUUCAACCGAUGGAUGAUCAUCUCCCUCUCUUUUGCCAUCAUCACCGGCUCUUUCACCCUCAACACUUUCUUCGCCGGAUCGCCGGGUGUCUACACCAUGAAGAAACAGAAGUUCAGAGCUAUCUAUGCGGCACUAAUCGCCGCCUUUGUAUUCUCUCUGACCCUCUGCCUGAUGAGGAGCGUAUUCGACUCCAUUUGCACCGUCCCCACCAACAAGAAACAGCCCAGCUUCGCCGUGGUUCUUGAGCUGCUCAUCGUCUCGUCUCUCGUAGCAACGCUCAUCUCCCUCGCAGCCGUUUUCAUCAGCGGUGAGCACCACGGUUUUAAGAGACGGAUGGAUGGAUUCUCGAAAGGAGAGGCUGCCUACGUGUGGACGUUAGUCGGUCAAGCUGUCGCGUGGCAGGUGUACUGGGUAGGGAUCGUGGGGCUGAUGUUCGCUGUCUCGGCCGUGUUCUCGAAUGUUAUCAGCGUCUGUACGUGGCCCAUCGUGUCGCUUCUGGUGGCUGUUUUUUAUAGCACUCACGAGCAGUACAAUGCCUUGAGUGGAACAGCUUUAGCCACGGCCGCUCUUAGCGUCGCAUCUUAUUUCUAUAUGAUUCAUAAAGACAAGAGUGAAAGCGACGAGGCCACGAAUUAA